AUGUAUGAGGCGAUGAAGGUGGUGGUGGAGAAUUUGACAGGAACACUUUUCUACGUUCAAGUGAGCAAUGAUGCCACAGUCGAGGAUCUAAAGAAGGAAAUUGAGGCUCAACAAAAACUCCCUUGUGAUCGUUUGAUACUUGUUCUUGAUGCUCAUGAAUGCCCUCUGAUGAGCAAGGAGGAAGAAAAGCUGUCUCUGGUUGACUGUGGAAUCCAGGAUGGAUCUCAUAUUUACCUCUUCUUCAAUCCCGUUGAUGAUGAUUAUAAUGAAAAUUUCAGGUUUACUUCCCCAGAUUUUCAUAUUGCAUAA